AUGGCGACAGCACAGAUCCCUUUGCCUGAAAAGUUAGAUUCAAAAAAGCCAGAAGAUUGGAAGCGAUGGAUAGAACGCUUUGAAUGCUAUCGCAUUGCAGCGGGACUUGACGACAAAGUCCAGAUAAACACUUUGGUUUAUGCAAUGGGUGGAAAUGCCAACGAUAUCUUGAAAAGCUUUCAUCUCAGCGAAAAAGACUAUGUCUACGAGACAGUUAUUCAACAAUUCGCAUCGCAUUUUGUGGGACGGUCGAAUGUUAUAUUCGAACGAGCUCGCUUUAAUAAACGUGUACAAGGCGAGAAAGAGUCGGUGAUCGAUUUUAUCGAAGUGCUAUACGAAUUAGCAGAGACAUGCCAGUUUGGAGAUCUAAAGAAUGAACUUAUACGAGAUCGUAUUGUGGUUGGUAUUCGAAAUGCAAGUCUAUCGCAAAAGCUGAUGCAAGACGAGAAAUUGACUUUGGAUAAAGCUGUAAAAGAAGCCAAAAGUUCAGAGUUAGUCAAGCAUCACCACAAUAUCCUUCAGGGAGAUGGCGAAGAUGGAAAAAUUAAUCGCCUCCGCAAGACUAAGGGACGAAAUAAACCAAAAUCGCCAGAGAACUCGAAAGGAGAGCAAAUUUUGAAACCGUAUCAAGCCGGUAAAAGUCAAUGUUAUCGAUGUGGGAAAUCGCCAGUGCACAAAAGAGAUGCUUGCCCUGCUAUUAAUGCGACAUGUUUAAAAUGCAAAAAGCAAGGACACUUUGCUGCGGUUUGUAGAAGCAAGAAAGUUCGCUCAGUUACCGAAGAAACCGACCCGAAGUGCUCAUAUUCCGAAGAUUACUUCCUUGGUGAGAUUAGCGACCAUGAAAGUAAAGAAGAUUGGUCGGUAAACUUAUCGCUAGGAAGGACAAAAGUACGAUUCAAGAUUGACACUGGGGCCGACGUAACGGUAAUACCUGAAGCUGAUUAUUUGCGAAGUGGACUUCCACAACUUAGGUCAACAUCCAAAACUUUGUUUGGACCUGGUCAAGAGAAACUACCCGUUAAAGGAGUCGUCAAAGGCGUUUUGAAAACUUCAAGUUUGAAAGAAACACUGCAAGAUAUUUAUGUUAUUGGGAAUCUUAAAGAGCCUUUGCUUGGAAGACCUGCUAUUGAUGCCCUAAACCUCGUGCAGAAAGUAAAAACUAUUCAAGCUGACGAGAGCAGCGUGAUCGAAGACGAAGUUAAAUCCACUUAUCCAAAUUUGUUCAAAGGCCUAGGAGAGUUGGAUGGUGAUUUCAGUAUUAAAUUGAAACCUGACUCAACACCCUUCGCUCUGACGACGCCAAGAAGAGUGGCAAUCCCGCUCUUGAACAAAGUCAAGGCAGAAUUGGAGAGAAUGAAAAAUUUGGGCGUUAUCUCGAAAGUCGAUGUACUCACCGAGUGGUGUGCAGGGAUGGUCGUUGUACCCAAACCAGAUGGUAAUAUUCGAAUAUGUGUCGACCUAACGAAACUCAACGAGAAUGUUCUUCGCGAGACUUACCCUCUUCCAAAGAUAGAUAACCUAUUAGCACAGAUCAGCGAAUCCAAAAUCUUCACUAAAUUGGAUUGCAAUUCAGGAUUUUGGCAGGAGAAGCUAGACGAACAAUCUCGGUUAUUAACCACGUUUAUCACACCGUUUGGCAGGUUCUGUUUCAAUCGAAUGCCUUUUGGUAUCAAGACGGCACCUGAGCAUUAUCAGAAGAAGAUGAACGAAAUUUUGGAAGGCCUGGAUGGUCAAGUAUGCAUAAUUGAUGACAUAUUGAUCCAUGGGAAGACCCAGAAAGAACAUGACACUAGACUUAGAGCAGUGCUGAAGAAACUAGAUGAAUCUGGAGCUACACUUAAUCCAGAGAAAUGCGAGUUUUCAAAGAAAGAAGUCAAGUUUGCUGGUUGUAUCCUUAACGAAGAAGGAAUCAAGUCUGAUCCCGAUAAAAUAGAGUCGAUUCGAGACAUGGAUGCACCUCAGAAUGUGGGCGAUGUACGUAGAUUCCUUGGAAUGGUCAACCAACUUGGGAAGUUUAUUAACCACUUAGCAGAGAAAACGAAGCCAAUUAGAGACCUCCUUAGUAAAAACAAUCAGUUUCUAUGGGGACCAGCUCAACAAGAAGCCUUCGAGAAGUUGAAAGUCGAAUUAAGUUCCACACCAGUACUUGCGUAUUAUGAUCCUUCCAAGAAAACCAUUUUGUCAGCAGAUGCCUCCUCUUAUGGUCUUGGGGCUGUCCUUCUACAAGAACAAGAGAACGGUGAAAGAAAGCCAAUUGCAUACGCAUCCAGAUCUAUGACUAGCACCGAACAGCGCUACGCCCAGAUUGAAAAAGAAGCUUUGGCAACAACUUGGGCGUGCGAGAAAUUCAACGAUUAUAUUCUUGGGAAAGAUAUCCUCAUUGAGACAGACCACAAACCACUUGUUCCUUUAUUUGGCACAAAGCUUCUUGAUCAACUCCCUCCUAGAAUUCAGAGAUUUAAAAUGAGACUGAUGAAAUAUUCAUUCCACGUUAAUCAUAUACCAGGAAAGGAGUUAGUCACUGCUGAUACUCUUUCAAGAGCGCCAAUUAGAAAACCACCUACCAAAGUCGAUAAGCGGUUGACAGAAGAUUUGAGCUUGUAUGUGGCGAACAUUUUCGAAAGCCUACCAGCUAGCGAACGGAAACUUGAAGAAAUUCGACUUCAUCAACAAGAUGAUGAAGUGUGCAGAAAACUUUCAGAAUUUUGCACUGAAGGCUGGCCAGAUAGGACCAAGCUGAACUCAACUCUUCUUGCUUAUUGGCCAGAGAGAGGUAAUAUCACAGUGCAAAGAGGUAUUCUGAUGAAAGAUACAAGAUUAGUCAUCCCGUCUUCAUUACGACUGGAUACUCUGGAUAAAAUCCAUGCGGGUCAUCAAGGAAUUCGAAAGUGUUGA